AUGGAAGUAGUACCAGUCGCCGCUAUUGUCAAUGUUAUUGUUCAAAACCUUGUCGAACAUGGUAAGAAAGAGAUCUCACGUGUCCGAGGUCUCGAAAAAGAAACAGAAAAGCUAGCCGGAAGCUUGGAUACCAUCCAGAAAUUCUUGAACGAUGCAGAGAUGAGUACCGUUGUUCCUGGUGAGGCUGUCAAAAGCUGGCUUAAGAAACUCGAAGACGUAGCCUUUGAUGCUGACAAUGUUUUGGAUGAGCUCAGCUACCAUCUUCUCUCCAAACCAAUCAAGUCCAACCCCAUCAACAUACACUCAUGCUUCUCAUCCUCCAAUCCUAUUAUACGUCCCGGAAAUAUGGCUCGUAAAAUCAAAGGAAUAAAUGAGAAUUUGGAGUCCAUUCGGACAGAGGCAGCCAGCCUUGGCCUCGUACAGAGGCUUCGCGAUGUGCCCACUUUGGUUGAUGCUACUUCUGAAACUGAUUCAUAUACUCUUGAUCCAAUUUUUAUUGGAAGAGAUAAUGUGGUUUCGGAAAUAGUUGAGAUUCUUACCACGAGUAUAACAACUGAUGAACGUGUAAUAUCUAUCCUUGCCAUUGUCGGAAUGGGAGGAUUGGGGAAGACAACCUUGACUAGGAAAGUCUUUAAUCAGCUAAAGGGACAGACUACUUUAAGUUUUAGCUCACAUAUUUGGGUGCAUGUUUCUCAAAUUUUUGAUCCAAUCGUUCUUUUCAAGAAAAUCCUUAAAGAGUUGACUCCUUAUCAAGUUGAAGCUGAGAUGAGUAGGCAAGAUAUUAUGAAAAGGAUGGAAGAGGUUUUGAAGGAUAAAACCUAUCUUCUAAUUCUUGAUGAUGUUUGGAAUGAAGAUCUUCCCAAAUGGGAAAAUUUUAUCAAUUCCUUGUUGGGUGUUACUUCUAUUAAUGGAAAUGCCAUUGUUGUUACCACUAGAAAUAUAGAUGUGGCAACAACUGUGAAUGCAUCUCAUACAUCUCACCUCAAAGAGUUAUCGAAUGACGACUGUUGGUCAAUUAUCAAAGAAAAAUGCUUUGGAAAAGAGGAUUUUCCUAAGGAAUUUGAGACUAUUGGGAGAAAGAUUGCAAAAAGAUGCCAUGGUUUGCCAUUAGCUGCCAACGUAGUUGGUGGAGUACUGCGUAAUAAAUCUGAAGAGAAAUGGCUAUCUAUUGAAGAGAAAUGGCUUUCGCGCAUUGAAGGAGAUCAUAUCACAAAGAUAUUGAGGUUGAGCUUUGAUAAUUUGUCUUUACCAUCACUUAAGGAGUGUUUCGCAUAUUGUUCAAUUUUCCCUAAAGGUCACAAAAUCGAAAGGCGGAAACUGAUUGAGUGUUGGAUGGCAGAGGGAUUUCUCGAAACUGAUGGCAGCAAUGAUGAUAUGGAGUGUGUGGGAGACAGAUUUAUCAAUGUUCUUAUGCACAACUCUUUACUGCAAGUUGCAUGGCGAGACGACUAUGGAAAUGUGGAAAGUUGCGUGAUGCACGAUCUCGUGCAUGAUAUCGCGUGUUCAAUUUUAGGCUCUUCAGGCCGAGUGAGAUACAUGGUUCAUUAUGAAGAAUCAAGUCCUAUUUCAGAAAAAGUGGCAAAAUAUCUCCGUACAUUAUUGUUCGAGGAUAAGAUUUAUGGUAACAUGUUUGCGGAUUUCAAGCGUCUGCAUGUUUUAAUACUUGCUGAUUAUGGAUGUAAAGAGUUGCCAAUUUCGAUUAGGAAGUUGAUACAUUUGAGAAUUCUUGUAAUUUCAUCGACGCGGAUCAAAUAUUUGCCUGAUUGGAUUGGUGAACUCUAUUGGUUGCAAACGUUAUAUGCGGAUACUGCAUCUUUGGAGGAACUUCCAAGUACGUUGAAGUACUUGACUAAUUUAAGGCAUCUUUAUAUUCAGUGGCCUAUGAAGCUGACAUUGCCCGCCGAGAUUGGAAGAUUAACUUCUCUCCAAGUCCUGGAGUAUUUUAAAGUUGGGGACAAAGAUGGAUACAAAAUUGAAGAGCUUGGAAGUUUGAAAGAUCUCAAAGGAAAACUAGAAAUUUCUAACCUUGAAAUGGUUGAAAACAAGGAAGAGGCUGAGAAAGCAAGUCUAUCUAACAAGUCAAAACUAUCAGAGUUGCGUUUAACAUGGGGGAUGCGUGGAGAAGUUGAAGCUACAAAUGAUGAGAAUGUGUUGGAAGGCCUCCAACCUCACUCUCGUCUUAAGAAGUUAGUGAUUGAAGGAUUCAAAGGGAAAAGGUUUCCAUCGUGGACUCAAAAUAUGGCAGUUGAAAAUGUGGGUGAAGAUUGUUCGGUACCGCUUAACAAGUUGAUUGAGAUAAGACUCUCCAAUUGCUCAGAAUGUGAAGAAAUCCCAAUGCUUGGGCAUUUGCCAAAUCUCACGUCUCUCGAGUUGAAAGGAUUGAGCAAUGUGAAGUCCAUAAAUUCUCGUUUCUAUGGAUUAGUGAAUGAGGAGGCGCGUAUUGUUUUUCCAGCUCUGGAAACACUUGAGUUGGGUGAAAUGUCUAAUCUUGCAGGGUGGGAAGGAGUGGAAUUAAGUGAGGCCAAGGUAUUUCCUCGCCUCAAGUACUUGAUAAUUGAGGAUUGCAAGCAAUUGAUGAGUUUUCCAAAUCAUUCCUUGUCAUGCCUCAAACAUUUGAUUAUGAGGAGUAUUGUCAGCUACAAGCCUUUAGCAAACAUAUUUAAGACGGAACUAACGUCGCUAACAAAGCUUUGGCUAGAAGGAAUAGAUGAUCUGGAAUAUCUUCCAGAGUGGUUAUUCCAUAGCAAUCCCAAAAUGUGGGAGUUGAGGAUAGAGAAGUGCCCCAAUUUGAGAGGAUUACCAGAUGGUCUAUGUAACAUCAGUUCUUUGGAGGAAUUGUUUAUAAGGGAGUGUCCAAAAUUGGAACGGAUAGGAGAUAGUAGCGGAAAACAAUCACAAUCACAAUCGCAAUCACGAGGAUUGCUUCGUCAUGUGGAGAUUUGUGAAUGCAAUGCAUUGGCGUAUUUUCCAUGUGAAAUAUUACAAUCGUCGUUGGAGAAAUUGAAGUUGAAUAGUUUAAGUAGCCUACAGAACCUGCCCAGUCUAAUUGACUUCCUCCCAAAAUUGCAUCAUCUAAAAGAAGUAACAAUUAUUGGUGUUCCUCAAUUCAAGACCACUUGUUUUGUAGAGAUCCCACCUUCUUUUAGUAGCUUGGCAUUGUUAAAAAUAGAUGUUAGUAUGGGUGGAUCAAUGGAAGCGGUUGAUGGCAUAUUGCAAGGAUGCAGCAGCUCUCACUCACUUAAAAUAUUACAGCUGAAGGGAAUGGAAAAUUGGGAGAAUCUUCCAGAAUCAAUUCAACAUCUCAAUGCUCUUAUUAUAUUAAGGUUGGAGAAUUUUGCAAUGGAAGAGUUACCAGAAUGGUUGGGGAAUCUCUUAUCUUUAGAGCAGUUGGAAAUAUGCUUUUGCAAGAAACUAAGGCGUCUACCCUCUGUGGAUGCAAUGCGGCGUCUCACUAGACUAAAAUUGUUACAUAUAUCCGAAUGUCCAGAAAUAUGUAUUGAACAACAAUCUGAUGCAGUUGAUUCCCAAUGGCCCAAGAUUUCACAUAUCCCCAAUAUCAAGAUUGAUGGAGACAUAGUUGGUGUUGAUAUAGCUUAUUCUAAAGAAAGGAGGAGAAAACAUAUGUGUUUGAUGAGUGGGUGCCUCUAA